ACUAACAACAUUGAGUAACAAGCGGUCGUGUUAAUCAUGAAUAUGCUAUUGCUGCGAUGAGAACAACAUAUACAUGACAUUGUAUAUCCUGUAGUCUGUACUCAGAUGCUACCUAGUGAACUAUGGCUGAACUGAGUCACUGACUCUUGCCAAUGACCCUAUACAAUAAUGCCAACGGUAGCAAACGGAGAUCAGUAAUUUGAGUAAAGUCUACCCGCUGCACUGCCACUGGCACUGUGCACAUACGUAAAGACUAAAGUCAGUAAAGACUAAGUAUCCGGACCUUUGACCAACUGCUGUAGUGACACAUUCUGAUUACGUGAACACCCGAGGUAGCCCUGAUCCGUGUGAGCAAGAUGAAGUGUGAAGUCAACCGUUCCUUCUUACCAAUAAAGUUCUACUUCCUCACAUUUUAUGCAGGGUGUGCUUGCUUGGUACCAUUCUUGGCCAUCUAUUUGAAAGAGCAGGGAUGGAAUCCUCUAGAAGUAGCCAUAAUCUACACAGUGGUGCCGUUUGCAAGUGUGCUAACCAAGCCUAUCAUUGGUGGUAUAGCUGACUAUCUUAAGCAGCAUAAAUAUGUGCUUCUUAUUUGUGUUAUGUUGAUGGCGACGUUUUUCUUGGCAAUCGCAUUUGUUCCACCUGUAGAAGGUUACAUCUACCAUCAUGAAGUUGUUCCUGAGUGCUUUGGUGGCAAGGUAACUGUAUUACGUCUGUGUGACCCUUGCGAGUUCAUUCCUCAACAAAUACCAGGCAUGUGUGACAUCACCUGCACAGCAAUCGCUAGUGGUGCUAACAUAUCGAUGAAUUCUAAUGAUUUCCCACACAUGGCCCUCGGGCAACCUCAUGAUUUCAAAUCGGACGAAGUCACUAAUUUUACUGACCCACAUGAAAAGGAUAUGGAAAUUCUCAGCGAAGGAAAUAAUACCAAUGCAACCACAGUUAUGAACUGCAUUAGCUAUGACGUGAUGCUAGCAGAUGAUGCACAUGGUGAUUUAAAUGAUCUGUGCCAGAGUCACUGUUCAGUACAUUGCAGAAGCGACCCAUUUGUUUGCACACCAGGUACCCCAUAUCAUCACGUACGAUUAGUGUGGAAGUUCUGGGUUCUACUAUUUUUGUAUAUAAUGUCACGUGUAUUUUUCUCUUCAAAUGUAUCCAUGUUAGACAUGAUUACCUUCACAGUGCUUAAGGAUAGGCCUAAUGUCUACGGCAAGCAGAAAUUGUGGGGCACGUUUGGCUGGGGUGUAAUGGCAUCCGUGACAGGCUUUCUUAUGUUGGAAUUCCGAGUACCAGGCGAACGAAUGAAUUUCCAACCUGCGUUUUACUUGUUUCUCACUCUGAUGGCUGUGACGUGUGUUGUUAACAUGGCAAUUAAUGUGAAAGUAGAACACUAUUCGGAGAACAUUUUAAAAGAUAUCUGGAAGAUUACCAAAAAUAGGGCUGUCCUGGCAUUUCUCUUUGCCGUUUUCUGUUUUGGACUUCAGUUUGGAGCCCUUAUUACGUUUAGUCUGUGGUAUCUUGGUGACCUUGGUGCGUCCGAACUUUUGUAUGGGUUGGAUUUGACGGCAGAGACGCUUAUCGAAAUGCCGUUUUAUUUUCUGGCUGGUUGGGUUAUCAAACGACUAGGACAUGUAAAGUGCUUGUAUGUGGGUUUCAUUGCCUAUACUGUCAGGUUUAUCAUAUUCUCCUACAUUGUGAAUCCCUGGUGGACGUUAGCUCUGAAUCUAUUCCAUGGUCUCUCGUUUGGGCUGGUAUAUACAACUAUGGUUUCUUAUAGUAACAUAAUUGCUCCUAAAGGCACAGCUGCUACAAUGCAAGGACUGGUCGGAGGAAUCUUCGAUGGAGUAGGUUGUGGGUUUGGAAGCCUGCUUGGUGGCUUCAUCUAUGAGUCGUAUGGUGGAGCCGUAACCUUCCGGUGCUUUGGAGUCCUAGCCUUGGUCAGUUGUAUUCUAUAUUGGUUUGCAAACUGUUUUAUCACGUCCACUGAGAGCAAAGAUGAAAAAGAUGAAACUGAAGGAAGUAAUGAAUUGACUCUUACCCUUAACACGCAAGAGGAUGUUGUUAAGGAGUAAUGAAAACCCGUUUGGCAGAGGCUACCCGAUAAAUCAACUCACGGGCAAAAUAUUUAGGAGUGAUUAUGUUUGCGGGCACGCAUGUGUAUCAAAAAUAGUGUGACGGUCUGCUUAGUGUAGAUAACAGUCAGUCAAGACCACAGCAAUCAAUUGACCUAUCCAUCUGGCAGCUGUAGCCAGCAGAUGCCAUUGUUGUGAUGGGAUUUCCUAAAAACAAUGUUUACUAUUCACUUGCCUCUAAGUUGAUAAUUUGGCAUGUAGCACAUGCAAGUUGGUGAUAGUUUAAUUGACCUAUCAUCAUUAUCUGGGUUGGGGGCACGGUAAUCUAGCUUGGUCUAUUGUGUGACAUUGUGUGGAUAUCUCGAUAGUACCGGCUAAUGUGCUUGUAUGCGUGUGCUGUGUCGUAUUUUACACCUGGAUCGUUAUAGAUUCCUUCGUAAUAGCCUUGCCUCGGCUUCCCCCUACAUGACCGGUGAUUGGUCGGCACUUUUAAGAUGGGGAAGUCCUGUGCUCGCAAAUGGCAUUUCCCAAGCUGCCCACAUGCGGAGAACAUGGCUUCAAGGGGGCGGGGAAACCACGGUUUAGGUGAGGCCUGACGCACAUGGCUAAUUGCUGCCACUCGCGGCAUGCUCUGACCUUCAGCUGCUGUAUAAAGGCCAUGCGCUAAAUCCUGAAAUGUGGUUAGAAAUUGAAACGUGUAGCUACCCCACCGAAAGCCGUCGGAAUUUCUCGGUGAAAUUAAAGCUUGUUGUUUGUUGUCAUCUCCAACAUGCGGAGAUGAUCAUCUCUUGAUGGUGUAACAUAUCCAAAUAGUUAUCCUAUAAUGCACAUGCAUGUAUACAUGUAUGUAGAUGAUGUCUAUGCAUAGGCCUGCCUUGCGAGCUUCCUCAGAGAACAAAUCUACGCCAUAUUACCAUUCUCUAGUUGGAUGUGUUGUUGGUAGCUAUACUUAUAGCCGUGUUAGUGAUAUGAGUACUGGUGCUGGUACUGUCUUCAGUACAGGCUGACUUCAUAUUUAUGAAUCUGAUAUAGAAAUACUCAGUUCGGUCAAGAAUGUUAUCAUCCAGUUAACUGUUACAUAAAAUGUAUUUUAAUUUAGAGUAUACUUAUGACUUUACAAGUAGGAAUAUAAUAGAACAAGCUGGUGCAAUUUUUAUUGAUAUAAUAUGUUUGUUAUGUUUAGCAGUCGAUCAACAACGUAUCUGUACCGUAACCAGUUACAUAAUCUCGCUAAAAAUCAAAGUCGUAAUCGGCUAUGAAUUUAGUUUUUACUGUGUUUUCACAUGUAUUAUUAUACGUGCAUAUAUUUUGAUGUAUUUUCUUAUGUAUAAUUGUAUAUGUAAAUACGUGUAUAUUUAUAUACAUUUGCUGUGUUACACUUCUCUCAUUAUAUGAAUCUUAAUUUGUAAUCACCACAAAGGUUAUGCAAAGUAUGUUGGAGACUAUCUAAUAAUCUAAUCUCAUAAUAAGAUGUAAUAUAUUAUAUCGGGAGUAAAUGAGCUGAAAUCUAUAGGUCAUUCACUCAUGACAUGAUUAUAUAAUAAGGUCCAAUGUGCUAAUUGUUGGAUGCACGUAAUCAUUUUGCGCAAUCCGGAGUUGAGUUGAGUGGGAGUUAUUAUGAUGAGAAUUUGAUCAGGAAAACGGUAAUUAUCCCACUUUUUACUGUCUUCGUUAUCCAGACGUUUACAGAAAUUCAUGCCUUUAGGUUGUGUCGCUGCUAAGAAAUGCACAUGUCUCAUCAUGUAAUGUUUCUUGCUCGUGGCUGGAUUGUCUGCAUAUUGCGCGCAUCUGUGUAUUGCUUCUAAUUCUAUGAUGUAUAUAUGUAUGGGAGGGGAUAUGUGUCAAAAUUUCAACGUUCAAUUGAUCGAUUGAUUGUUCAAUUGAACAUUCGUUUAAUCAUUCAAACGUUUAAUUGAUCGAUUGAUUGUUGAAUGCUGAAUUGCUGAAUUGAAUGCUGAAUUGAUUGAUUGAAGGUCGCAAUCAAACGAAGAAAGAAAACGGAGAAGAAAACGGAUUUAAUCAUUUAUGCUGUUGUGUUUGUUCCGAUAUGGAUGCAGUUAAGUUGAGGUUAGACGUUAUCUAUAAAUGUUAGUGUAAUAGCGCCCUUUUAGAUUCAUUACUUGUGUAGACUGUAGUCUCAUUGUCAUUUAUCCCAACCGGGCUCUACAACUGUUUCACGUAUGUAGCCUGUAGGACGUAUUUCGUGACAUUUCGUUUUCAUUUUGCAUACCCCGCCGCAUACGCAAUUUGGCAAUUGCUCAAUUGUCUAUUCCAUGAUUCAAGACGCCUAUUCAGUAUUCGUGCCUUUGAUUUGUCAAUUGGCCAUUCAAUUUGGCAAUUCGUUAUUUAAUUGCUCAGUUGUCCGUUUCAUGAUUAACUAAAGUAUAACACAUUUGAGUAGUAAAUUGAAGUAUUAAGUGAUUAAACGAGUUUUUAAUUGAACAGAGUGGCUAUAUGCCCGGCAGCCGGCAUAUUAUAUCUGACGGCUGCCGGGCACGGUCUUCGAUUUCCUAUA